CGCUAUACUGGCACUUUAUUUGCAAUGACAUUGCUAAUGCAAGAAAAGCAAUGGGGGGAAUUAUGACUUGAAUGUUGAUCACACAAACACAUGUGACAUAUGAAUCCAGCUGACACCACGCUCGGCAACGUUACAAACAAUUGGCCUGCAUCACCAAUGCACAUCCUUUUCCCGAGGAGCAAUAUACUACGAGUCAAACGGUGAAUAAGUUAAAGAUGAGCUAUGUUUGCAAACUACCUCCAAAUCAAAUUAUUCACCGAUCGGCCCCGGAUACUGAAUUACAUUUGUAUCGAACUAAUAAUCCUCGAUUGAAACACUUCUUAGUUUGUUUUCAUGUCGAACGAAGCCGAUAUAACUUCUCAGUGGCCAGGCCAUGAUACCGACGCCAGUGGAUCGACAGAAACGAUUGUCAGUGACUCGCUAACCAAUUCCUUGACCGCAACUACCGUUGUCGCGUCGGCUUACUCUGCAUCCUCUCAAAAACCUUCACAAUGGCUAGUUGAGACGCAACGCUAUUCGAAAGUCAACCGAAUUGUCCUCAUCUCUCUCGGUAUGCUCGUUUUUGUCGCGCUUAUGGCUGGAUUGGUGUAUUGGAUCGUCAGCUUUUAUGCCUUUCCACCAAGUUAUUCAACAAAGUAUUCCGAUGUUCCAUAUCCAAAGCAAUUGAAUACUACCAUAGUCAAAAACGGUGAUCUCCACCAGUCAUUCUAUGGUAUUGGAUACACGCCAAGUCAUACGCAGUACCCCCAAUGUGGUUCAACAGCAGAAGAAGUUUUAGAGGACAUAAAAGUGCUUAGCCAGCUGACAUCAAGGUUGCGGAUAUACGGCAUGGACUGUAAUGCAGCAAACUAUACUCUGAUGGCUAUCAACUUAUUGGAUGUCAAUAUGACAACACUUCUUACACUUUGGGUAGACGGCGAUGAGUCUACUUACCAACGACAAAAAGAAACCUUGUUUCAGAUCAUCGAUGAAUAUGGUACAUCACGAAUUGACGGUGUAUCGGUUGGUAACGAAGUCCUCUUUAGAAACAAGACCGCAGAGCCGGAUCUGAUCCAGAAAAUGACAUCUUUGAGAGAGGAAUUCCGGUCUCGCCAAAUCUACCUUAACAUCACAACCACCGACCUUGCCAACUUGCUCGAUCCAAAAGUCAUUCUAGCUGAAGACGUCGUUAUGGCCAAUAUUCACCCGUACUUUGGUGGCGUUCCCAUUGAAGAUGCAACUAACUGGACCAUGUCAUUCAGCGAAUCAGAACUUUUCAAACCAGCAAGACUUGCAAGGAAAUCCGUGGCCGCUAUUGCUGAGGUUGGAUGGCCAAGUCGUGGUGUGUCCAACAGCGACAGUGUGCCUUCCUUGACCAAUUUGCAGACCUUUGUAGAUGAUUUUGUGUGUCAUGCAAAUAAGGCCAAUGUUCGAUACUACUACUUUGAAGCCUUUGAUGAGCCAUGGAAGUCAAAAGAAAAUGAAUUGGAAGGAAGCUGGGGCAUCAUGGACGAAAAUCGUAACCUCAAGGUUCGCAUUCCUGUAUGCUAGAUUACAAAGCACUUGAUUACAUAAUAUAUCGAUUUCAUGCAAUAUGAAACUGAAUUAAUAAUUGAAAGUCUGAGGGUGUCCUUGUAGCGUG